AUGGUGAACAUAUCACUUUUCAGCAACUUCAGUUCGAGUUCCAACAGCAACAAUGACUUGGAAGCGGCAUCUAACCAAACGGGGAGCCCCUUGUCGCCGGCGUUGAGAAACGACCGGGACAGCUCGACGUCAAGCCCCGAGCUCAAACCGGUCUCGCGAACGCUGUCGCGAAAUCGAACCAGAUCAAUAUCCAUAACGCGACUCUUGUUUGCAAACAAGGACGCUGACAGCAUCAGACAGGAGCACGUGUUUGAGCCGACCAACCAGGGCUCGCCGCCUUCGACGUCGUCUGCUACAAACUCGGAUAGCAACGGAGUGCGCAAGUUCAAGAGCAUGUUCCGACUACCGUCGGGCUCGGCCGAGGAACGCAUGGGAAGAAUGAGGUCCACGUCGUCUCCGCAGAGAUCACCAGUCAAACCGAAAAAUCCAGAGUUGAAACGCGCCAUUCCGAGCAUAGUAACAACACUGUCGCCUCACUCGGAGUCGCACGACUUGGCCGAGGACUCGAGCCCCGUUGUUCGUUCUAACCCGUAUUUCCACCACCAGGGUCUCCCGCCCCAUUUGCAAGUUGCCCUGCCACCACAGCCAAAGUAUUUAAACACAAACAAGUCCGAGAUUACGGUUUCGUUGAGACAUAAUGAUUCCGUUUACUCGUUGAACGAAAAUGGAGUAUUGAAACCUCCAAAAACAAACUUUGGCCAGUUGUCCUCGGGAGAGGAGUCCGACGAAGAAAGGUCUUUUCCGAAAACCCCAAAGCUUGGACCUGUGUCUGGAACUGGAACUGGAACUGGAACUGGAGCUGGACAUGCACAAGGAAAUGGACAGGGAACUGGACUUGGGAUCGGACAUCAACAGGGAAGUGGAACUGCAACUGCAACUGGACCUGGACCUGUACAUGGGUCUGCACACGGGCACGGCUUACUGGAUCAAGAACUUGGAGAAGAUUUGCUGCAGAAACCUUCGCAUUUGGAAAAUGUGACGCCUCCGCCGUCUCCAUUCCAAAGAGCUUUGCGUCGAGUUGCCUCGGCUCCAUUGGUGCACAAGUUGGUUGUAAAUGAACGCAACGAGGCUGCUGCUCAGCGCGAGUUGGACGAAUCUUUCGACUUGAACAAGCAUAUUGGUGAGGUCAAAAUUACUGGCAGGCCCAGAACUUUGACCCAAGAUCGAACCUAUUCGCAUUCUGCAACUAAAGUGGUUACUGUCCAAGUGGGGCCAGAUAGCUUUGAAAAAAUCCGUUUACUUGGUAAAGGCGAUGUGGGAAAAGUUUAUCUUGUAAGGGAAAAGCAAUCCAAUAGACUCUACGCGAUGAAGAUUUUGAGCAAAAGGGAAAUGAUUGAAAGAAACAAGAUCAAGAGGGCAUUGGCAGAGCAGGAGAUUUUGGCGACAUCAAACCAUCCAUUCAUUGUCACCUUGUACCAUUCGUUCCAGUCAAGAGAUUUCUUGUACCUUUGUAUGGAGUAUUGCAUGGGAGGCGAGUUUUUCCGCGCACUUCAAACUAGAGAAUCAAAGACAAUUUCCGAAAAUGACGCCAAAUUCUAUGCUGCUGAAGUCACUGCUGCAUUGGAAUACCUCCAUCUCAUGGGAUUUAUCUACCGAGACUUGAAACCGGAAAACAUAUUAUUGCAUGAGUCGGGCCACAUUAUGUUGAGUGAUUUUGACUUGUCGAAGCAGAGCGAGAGAGCCAAAAAUCCAGAAAUCACAUUUGCCAAAAAUGGGAUGCAUUUAUCUUCAGGAACCAGCUCUCCCCACCAUGGGCCUUCGAUUGAUACAAAAGCUUGCAUUGAUGGAUUCAGAACCAAUUCCUUUGUUGGAACCGAAGAAUAUAUUGCCCCCGAAGUCAUCAGAGGCAAGGGACACACCAGUGCCGUGGACUGGUGGACAUUGGGGAUUUUCAUCUAUGAAAUGUUAUUUGGCAUCACCCCUUUUAAAGGACACGACCGCAAAAAGACAUUUGCCAAUGUGUUGAAAAGAGAUGUGAAGUUCCCCGAUACACAAUACAUUUCGUCUCUGUGCAAGAACUUGAUCAAGAAAUUGUUGAUCAAAGAGGAAGAGAAACGACUCGGCUCAAAAACAGGAGCCUCUGAAAUCAAGAACCAUUCGUUUUUCAAAAACACCCAGUGGGCCUUGUUGCGUCAUGAAAAGCCGCCGAUGAUACCCGUCUUGACGAAAUCGUCAUCUAAAAAGCGUGAGAUUCAAAAACAGGUUGACGAAGACUCAGCGCCUUCAACCAAGGCUGCCGACGACGACAAUACCACUACCUCCACCACAACCACAACAACCACCUCCCCUGGCAAAGAUGUAGUUGAAUCAGUUGACGAUCCAAACGAUCCAUUUGCCAAAUUCAAUUCCGUAACUUUGCGUUAUGGCGAAGAUUUUGGUGAUGCUGCGUUGGAAUUGAAUGCAACUACUUAUAAUGAAGAUCGCAGCGAUUAUACCAAUGUUGCUUACACCAUGACCUCGGUUACCCCGUCGCAUGUCAAGCAACGUGGUUUCCUAAAGCGAUGA